GGCAAUGGCGGCGCUCGGGAAUCUGACUGGUCGCAGGUGGUUUUCGGCUUUGGCGCUCGGAGUGACUCUCCUCAAAUGCCUUCUCAUCCCCACCUAAUACCCAACAAUUUUCCAGAAGGAUUUCUGACCUCCAGUGAAGUGAAGUGUUUCAGGAUUACAUAAUACCUGUUAAUGUGUGUCUCUAAAAGACAGUGAGCUGUGACUGCUUAGGGAGUGUGAGUCUGUUUAAAAGCAUAAUUAUGGAAAUGUGAAAUUGAUAAAUAUUGCAAAAUCUCAUUUUACUCAUCUAAUUGUUUUGGGUAGCCAUUCCACAGAUUUUGAAGUACACCGAAACUGGCUUGCUAUCACUCACAGUUUGCCAAUAUCACAGUGGUAUUAUGAGGAAACUUCAGAGUGGACCUUGGAUUACCCCCCUUUUUUUGCAUGGUUUGAGUAUGUACUGUCACAUGUUGCCAAAUAUUUUGAUCAAGAAAUGCUGAAUACCCAUAAUCUGAAUUACUCCAGCUCAAGGACCUUACUUUUCCAGAGAUUUUCCGUCAUCUUUACAGAUGCACUCUUUGUGUAUGCUGUCCAUGAGUGCUGUAAAUGGAUUGAUGGAAAAAAAGCCAGUAAAGAACUUACAGAGAAGCCAAAGUUUAUUCUGUCAGUAUUACUGCUGUGGAACUUUGGACUGUUAAUUGUGGACCAUAUUCAUUUCCAGUACAAUGGCUUUUUAUUUGGAUUAAUGCUGCUUUCCAUUGCACGAUUAUUUCAGAAAAGGCAUCUGGAAGGAGCAUUUCUUUUUGCUGUUCUCCUACAUUUCAAGCACAUUUACCUCUACGUAGCACCAGCUUAUGGUGUAUAUCUGCUACGAUCUUACUGUUUCACUGCAAAUAAACCAGAUGGGUCCAUCCGACGGAACAGUUUCAGCUUUGUCCGUUUUAUUUCCCUGGGGCUGAUUGUUUGCCUAGUUUCUGCUCUUUCGUUGGGUCCUUUCCUAGCCUUGAACCAGCUGCCUCAAGUCUUUUCACGACUUUUCCCUUUCAAGAGGGGCCUCUGCCAUGCAUACUGGGCUCCAAAUUUCUGGGCUUUGUACAAUGCUUUGGACAAAGUGCUGUCUAUCAUUGGUUUGCAGUUGAAACUUCUUGAUCCCAAAAAGAUUCCCAAGGCCUCCAUGACAAGUGGUUUGGUUCAGCAGUUCCAGCACGCAGUCCUCCCCUCUGUGACUCCCUUGGCAACCCUCAUCUGCACGCUGAUUGCCAUAUUGCCCUCUAUUUUCUGUCUUUGGUUUAAACCCCAAGGGCCCAGAGGCUUUCUCCGAUGUCUGAUUCUUUGUGCCUUGAGCUCCUUCAUGUUUGGGUGGCACGUCCAUGAAAAAGCCAUACUCCUAGCAGUUCUCCCAAUGAGCCUUCUGUCUGUGGGAAAAGCAGGAGACGCUUCAAUUUUUCUGAUUCUGACCACAACAGGACAUUAUUCCCUCUUCCCUCUGCUCUUCACUGCACCAGAACUUCCCAUUAAAAUCUUACUCAUGUUACUAUUCACCAUCUACAGUAUUUCCUCACUGAAGACUCUAUUCAGAAAAGAAAAACCUCUUUUUAAUUGGAUGGAAACUUCCUACCUCCUUGGCCUGGGGCCUCUGGAAGUCUGCUGUGAAUUUAUAUUCCCUUUCACCUCCUGGAAGCUGAAGUACCCCUUCAUCCCUUUGUUACUGACCUCAGUGUAUUGUGCAGUAGGCAUCACAUAUGCUUGGUUCAAACUGUACAUUUCAGUAUUAACUGACCCUCUUGUCCUCAAGACAAAGAAGCAAUGAAUAAAGGAACUGUUUGAAUGUAUUCCAAGCAAUUAUUUCAUGGGAAAUUAAUCAGAAGUUGAAGAAAGUUGCUGGUGGCAUGAGCCAUUCAUUUCAUUAGGUCUGUCCAGAGGACCAUUCUUCCAAAUUUGGCCUUGCCCAGUCUAGCAACCUGAUUGUCACCAUGGUGAGAAGCCACUCGUCCUCCAUAAGCAGUGAAAUGCAUCUGAAACAAAUCUUGCCUUCCCCUGUUAAAAUUAUCUGAGACUAUUCAAUCUGCUCUGCUUGCUCAAGGCAAACAAUGAGUCUGAUUAACAGCAUAAUUAUAUGUAGCCUGUGGUAACCACUGUCAGAUUAUAAAGCAUAAUUAGAAACAUGUGCUAAGGGAAAUGUAAAUAAAAUACCAUUUUAUAUUUCUGCACAAUAAUUUUUGGGUCAUUACCAGCUCCUACAUUUCCUAUUGGCGUCCUCACAAGCAAGUGGUAUUCUGUUCCCAUUCUGUACACCUUGUUCCCAGAGAUUUUUUUUCAUUGAAAUUAUACAAUGACAACACUCAAAAAGCCAGGGAGGGGUAUUUAAUGAACUGGUUUGGCCAGGCAGCAGAAACUACAAAUUAUAGCUACACUCAUAUUGAGUUAGGGACAUCUUGUACAAUUCAUUUGUUCUAACAGCAAGCACUGCAAUUUUGUUAGUCUACCACUUUCUAGACCUUUGCUAAUGACUUCAAAACCAAGUGAAGUAACUGAAGUGGUUUCUGCAGUCUUGUCUCGUCUUCUCCCUUCCAUAAGAGUACUUCAUGCAUACUUUUUGUCCGGGACUCCAGUUUGCCUAAUAUCUGCUCCCACUGUGCCAGUGAUCUACUUCUACUAUUAACAGCUGUUAUACUUGAUUGUGUUUAUCUGUUUUCCCCAGAAGACUUUGAAAUUCCAGAGCUGAGACCCUACUUGUCUUGAUAGUCCCAGUGUUUGGCACAGUUGAAUGCAUGAAGCACACUGCACUGGCCAUAAUUAAAAUCUAAAUGUUUCAAGCAUUAGCACAAGCGACC